AUGACCAGCCACAGCCAGCGGAAACGAACCCGGGACGAUGAAGAGUCUCCGGACGUCUCUAAGCGGCGGAAGAGGUCGGAGUCGACCGCUACUAUGUCUAUAGACCUAGGCGAGGAAGACAAGCUUCUAGUUCAACUGAAGGACGAGGAAAACAUGCCUUGGAAAGACAUCGCCGCCAAAUUCCAGUCUGAACUUGGAAAGACAUAUCAAAUCCCUGCGCUGCAAAUGCGCCUGAAACGGCUGCGCGAGCGCAUGCGUGUUUGGAGUGAAGCCGACCUGCGAGCUCUCCGUCUGGCCCACGAGUACUGGGUACAGAGCAAGUUCGAGAUCAUCAGCCAAAAGGUAUGUGUCCAAAGCUGCUUCAUGGCCGACUUUGGUGCAUCAGAACGAUGGUCAGCACGGCAAUGUGCACGCAAAUGGGGUGAAAUAGACCCUGGCCCAACUCCAUACACCACUUUCGAUCACUCAACACCCUCCUACGCCAACUACACAAUGAGUCCUGUGGCAGUCGAUGCACCUCCUUUCCUGCCAUACCUGCAAAUCCCGCCUUGA